AUGGUGAUUCUCACCGGAAAACAACUUCUAUUUUUCUAUCUUAAAUUCAUGUACCUAAUCAAUGUUCAUGUCAAAGCACAACCCGAAUACCUUUACCAUAUCUGCCGCAACGCUACUACUUAUACCCCCAACAGUAGUUACGCUAGAAAUCUUGAUGCCACCAUCUCUUCCCUCUCCAACACAAACUCUGGCUACGGGUUUUUUAACUCCUCUGAAGGUCAACGGCCUGAUACAGCCAACGCAAUCUCACUUUGUCGAGCAGACGUGGAUCAAGUCUUGUGCCGAAGAUGUUUGAAUGAAUCUAUUGUUCAGUUAAGACAAUCUUGUCCUAAUCAAAGAGAAGCAAUAACAUAUUAUGAUAUUUGUCUCUUGAAGUACUCUAAUGCCACUAUAUUGGGAAAUUAUGAUACGAACAAAGAUGUUGUCUACAUGUGGAACGUUAACAACGCAUCUGAUAAGGAGGUUUUUACUUGGGCUCUGCUACCGUUGAUGAGAAAAUUGAGUGGCGAAGCAGCUGCUGGUGAUUCAUUGCUGAAGUUUGCUAUUGGUAACACAACAGGACCAGAUUUUGCAACAAUAUACGGCCUUGUACAGUGUAUUCCAAAUCUAUCGCGGUACCAGUGCUUGGACUGUUUGGAUUCUGCAAUUUAUCAAAUUCAAUCCUGUUGUGAUAGGACAAUUGGAGGAAGAGUUCUUACGGCAAAUUGUAACUUCAGGUUUGAGACAUAUGAAUUUGGCAUCAACACCUCACUUAUCCCCUCCCCACCAUCUCCGCCAUUAUCAUCAUCACCACCACCACCACCACCACCACCACAAGUUUUACAGCCGUCUCCGCAGGUUCCACCAACGCCAGGUAAAGAUGCUAGUAAAGCUCAAAGGAUGGCUAUCAUUAUUUCCAUCAUUUUGGUGAUAUUAGUCAUUUCCAUUGUCAUGUUUAUAAUAUGGAGGAGGAAGAAAUCACUUGCAGGAAAACUUAAGAGUGAAAUUAUGGACAUUAGCAUUGUGGAAUCAUUGCACUAUGAUUUCUAUGCUAUUAAAGCAGCAACAAAUGACUUCUCUGAAAAAAAUAAGCUCGGACAAGGUGGAUUUGGACCCGUUUACAAGGGUGAGCUUCCAAAUGGACAAGCAAUAGCUGUAAAAAGACUAUUGAGGGAUUCUGGACAAGGUGAACAAGAAUUCAAGAAUGAGGUCUUACUAGUCGCAAAGCUUCAACAUCGAAAUUUGGUUAGGCUCAUUGGUUUCACAUUAGAAGCAGCUGAACGACUUCUUAUAUAUGAGUUUGUGCCAAAUGCAAGCCUUGACCAAUUUAUAUUUGAUCCAACUAAGCGUUUACUUCUUGAUUGGGAUACACGCUACAAAAUCUUAGGAGGUGUUGCUCGAGGACUUCUUUACCUACAUGAGGACUCACGUCUAAGGAUAAUCCAUCGUGAUCUCAAAGCCGCUAAUGUCUUGUUAGAUUCAAACAUGAAUCCCAAAAUUGCAGAUUUUGGCAUGGCAAGGUUGUUUAACCAUGAGGAAAUUGAAGGCAACACAAAUCGAAUUGUUGGAACCUUUGGAUACAUGUCACCAGAGUAUGCCUUGCAUGGUCAAUUCUCGACAAAGUCAGAUGUCUUUAGCUUUGGAGUAUUAGUGUUGGAAAUGGUCUCUGGUCAAAGGAAUCAACGUUUUCGAAAUGGGCAGUGUGAUGAAGGCCUUCUUACCUAUGCAUGGAAAAGCUUGCAAGAUGAAACAACUUCCAGUAUGAUAGAUCCUGCAUUGAAGGCAACAAUGGGAUCAUUGCAACAAAUAGUCAGAACUAUCCACAUUGGCUUAUUGUGUGUUCAAAAUAAUGUUGUUGACAGGCCAACAAUGGCUGAGGUUGUUCUUAUGCUCAAAAGCUUCUCUCUUGCUCUCCCAAUUCCAUUUGAGCCAGCAUUUUUCAUGCACAGUAGCGGUGAUGCCCAAAUGACAAACCUUGUAGAAUAUGAUAAUUUUGGAAACAUUAAAGGAUCACAGCUUUCAGUAAAUGAUGCUUCAAUAACAAAUAUAGUCCCUAGAUAG